UGAAAUACGUGCUGGUACCAUUACGAAUAUUUUAGUCAUAAUCUCCGUGGAGGUGGGUUCCGAACGAGUUAUAAACUUCGGAUCGGAGGCGUGUGACUAUAUAUUCCCGAUUAGGCUGAAGGUGGUGGCCGUGUGUUAGUUUUCUUUGGUUAUAUCCACCAUGACAAGCAUGGAUCGCUGUCUAAUUAUUUUGGUGGUUGGAUUAAUUCACGCUGAACAUGAUCCGAUAUUUCGAGCUAAUGGAAUGAUACUCUGGAAAAGUGACGGUUUUAAUUUCGAGGAAAACACUUCUUCCACGGUCGGUGGAACGGCCUCAAAAUUUACAUCACCGGUACCGGAGUCACCGGUCGUGCGGGAAAGUACGUAUUCUAUAUCGCUGGAUAAAGGGACUGCACCCAGAAAGUUUGUGACAAAUUUCGAAAAUAUUCAUCUGGAAUCCAUUGAUAACAAGCUUCAGGACAGAAAUCCACGAGCGGAUGAUACAUUGAAUAAGUCUGUUGAUUCUGCAAACACUACAAAUGAUACAGAAGAUACCCAAUUCUUAGACCACUUCUCUCAGACUGCGGAGAGUUCUGCAGCAGGGACUCUAGAACAAUUGAGUACAGACGUCCGAAAAAUUGGAAACAUAACAGUCCCAGUUGGUGUAAUCAUCGAAGAUGCAAAUAUUCUUUUAAAAAGGAAUCACUCCGUAAGUGAUAAAGGGAGCAUGGAAAAAUCAACAAGUUCGUUUGAAUCAUCUACUACCAGUUCUACACGCAACAGUGACAUAGAGACUCCUGCACACAAUUCAACCAGAACUACAGGCACAACUUCUGCAACGAUAACAAAAAGCGAUGGCGGCUUCAACAUGUUAUCUGCAAGUCCGGGAGUAAACGAUAUCAGUACAACAACAAUCACUUACAUUCCUGAGGAGAAAAUAACACCAGAGACUACUGACGGAAAGGCAAUACAGACCACAGAUCCUGUUCACCCAACUUCUCCAGGAUCCAUUUCGGUAGACUCAUUUAUUGACAUGAUGUUGCCAAAUGAAUUUCAAGAUCAGGUAACGAAUGAAAAAGAAAAAAUGGUAAGACCGUCGGAAUAUUAUCAAAGAACAAUGCAACCAACGACACAAGAGUCAACAGAUUCUGUUGAACCAAUAACUCAGGUGACAACCCAAAAACCAAGAACUCCUGAACAAAACGUACAGGAGACAACAACUUCUGAAUCCACAACCGAAAAUUCUUCAGCACAAAAACCAGGCACUUCAAAUCCAACACCUGUAGCCAUUACGACACAAAAAUCAACAACUCCUGCACCAACUAUAGAGGAAGGAAAAACUUAUGAACCAACAAUGCAAGAAGCAACAACUCCGGUAUCAACUACUCCAAAGUCAACUACACAAGAACAAACAAUUGAAAAUCUAACAUCUCCUGAAGCUGAACAAAAAUUAGAGGAGACAAAGAAUUCUGAACCAACAACACAGAUGACAACAACUCCAGAAUCCGUAACACUGGAAGAAAAAAAUGCUGAACCAACACCACGGGAGACAACAACUCCAGAAACAGUAAUACUGAAAGAAAAAAUUGCUGAACCAACAACGCAGAAGACAACAACCCCAGAAUCGGUAACAAUGGAAGAAAAAAUUGCUGUACCAACAACGCAGGAGACAACAACCCCAGAAUCAGUAACACAGAAAGAAAAAAAUGCUGAACCAACAACGCAGGAGACAACAACCCCAGAAUCAGUAACACAGAAAGAAAAAAAUGCUGAACCAACACCACGGGAGACAACAAAUCCAGAACCAGUAACACCGGAAGAAAUAAUUGCUGAACCAACAACACAGGAGAUAACAACUCCAGAAUCGGUAAAAAUGGAAGAAAAAAUUGCUGUACCAACACCAAAGGAGACAACAACUCCAGACUACGUAACACUGGAAGAAAAAAUUGCUGAACCAACACCACAGGAGGCAAAAACUCCUGAACCAACACCACAGGAGACAAAAACUCCUGAACCUGCAACACAGGAGACAACAACUCCCGAACCAGCAACACAGGAGGACAAAAAGCCUGAACCAACACCAAAGGAGACAACAACCCCAGAAUCGGUAACAAUGGAAGAAAAUAUUGCUGUACCAACACCAAAGGAGACAACAACUCCAGACUACGUAACACUGGAAGAAAAAAUUGCUGAACCAACACCACGGGAGACAACAAAUCCAGAACCAGUAACACCGGAAGAAAUAAUUGCUGAACCAACAACACAGGAAUCAACAACUUCCAUUCCAACAACAACAGACGCAACAACUCAUGCACCAACAAAGCAGAAGGCGACAGCUCUUGAACCAACAACAUCUGAACCAAUAACUCAAGAACCCAAAACUCCUGAACCAACUACUCAAAAACCAACAACUACCCCAAAAACAACAACCCCUAAAUCAAAAACUCAAAAGCCAACAACUCCUGAACCAACACAAAUACCAACAACUCCUGAACCAAUAACUCCUGAACCAACAACUCAAAAGUCAACAACAUCUCAACAAAGAAUGCAAAAGCCAACAACUUCUGAUCCAACAACUGAAAAACUAACAACCCCUGAACCAACAGUUCAAAAGACAAUGACCCCUGAACCAACAACCCCAAAACCAGCAACUUCACGAACAACUACUCAAACACCAACAACUCCUAAACCAACUACUCAAACACCAACAACUCCUGAACCAUCAACUCAAAAACAAACAAAUCCUGAACCAACAACUCAAAUACCAACAACUCCUGAACCAACAACUCAAAAACCAACAACUCCUGAACCAACAACUCAAAAACCAACAACUCCUGAACCAAUUACUCAAACACCAACAACCUCUAAACCAACAACUCAAAAGCCAACAACUCCUGAACCAACUACUCCAAAACCAACAACUCCUGAACCAACUACUCAAAAACCAACAACUCCUGAACCAACAACUCAAAAACCAACAAUUCUCGAACAAACUACUGAAAAACCAAUAACUUCUGAACCAGCACCUUCUGAACCAUCUACUCAAAGGCCAACAACUCCAGCACCAACUACUGAAAACCCAGCAACCCCUGAACCAACUACUCAAAAACCAACAACUCCUGAACCAACUACUCAAAAACCAACAACUCCUGAACCAACUACUCCAAAACCAACAACUCAAAAACCAACAACUCCUGAACCAACAACUUCUGAACCAACAACUCCUGAACCAACCACUCAAAAAACAACCCAUGAACCAACUACUCAAAAACCAACAACUCCCGAACCAACUACUCAAAAACCAACAACUCCUGAACCAACAACUUCUGAACCAACAACUCCUGAACCAACUACUCAAAAACCAACAACUCCUGAACCAACUACUCAAAAACCAACAACUCCUGAACCAACUACUAAAAAACCAACAACUCCUGAACCAACUACUCAAAAACCAACAACUCCUGAACCAACUACUCAAAAACCAACAACUCCAGAACCAACAACUCCCGAACCAACAACUCCCGAACCAACAACUCAAAAACCAACAACUCCUGAACCAACAACUCCUAAACCAACCACUCAAAAACCAACAACUCAAAAACCAACAACUCCUGAACCAACUCCUCAAAAACCAACAACUCAAAAACCAACAACUCCUGAACCAACAACUCAAAAACCAACAACUCCCGAACCAACAACUCAAAGACCAACAACUCAAAGACCAACAACUCCUGAACCAACAAUGUCUGAACCAACUACUCAAAAGCCAACAACUCCCGAGCCAACAGCUCAAAAACCAACAACUCCUGAACUAACAACUCCUGAACCUGCAACUUCUGAACCAACAACUAAAAAGCGAACAACUCCUAAACCAACACCUAAAAAACCAACAACACCUGAACCAACUACUCAAAAAGCAUCAAGUCAAAAGCCAACUACUCAAAAACCAACAACUUCAAAGCCAACUACGCAAAGGCCAACAACUCCUGAACCAACAACUCAAAAACCAUCAACUCCCGAACCAACAACUCAAAAACCAACAACCCCUGAACGAACAACUCAAAAACCAACAACUCCUGAACCAACAACUCCAAAACCAACAACUCCUGAACCAACAACUCUUGAACCAACAACUUCAAAACCAACAACUCCUGAACCAACUACUCAAAAACCAACAACUCCUGAAUCAACAACUCAAAAACCAACAACUCCAAAACCAACUACUCAAAAACCAACAACUCCUGAAUCAACUACUCAAAAACCAACAACUCCCGAACCAGCAACUCCAAAACCAACUACUCAAAAACCAACAACUCCUGAACCAACUACUCAAAAACUAACAACUCCUGAACCAACAACUAAAAAACCAACAACUCCCGAACCAACAACUCAAAAACCAACAACUCCUGAACCAACAACUCAAAAACCAACUACUCAAAAACCAACAACUCCUGAACCAACUACUCAAAAACCAACAACUCCUGAACCAACUACUCCAAAACCAACAACUCAAAAACCAAUAACUCCUGAACCAACAACUUCUGAACCAACAACUCCUGAACCAACCACUCAAAAAUCAACCCAUGAACCAACUACUCAAAAACCAACAACUCCAAAACCAACUACUCAAAAACCAACAACUCCUGAACCAACAACUUCUGAACCAACAACUCCCGAACCAACUACUCAAAAACCAACAACUCCGAAACCAACAACUCCAAAACCAACUACUCAAAAACCAACAACUCCUGAACCAACAACUCCUGAACCAACUACUCAAAAACCAACAACUCCUGAACCAACAACUCAAAAACCAACAACUCCCGAACCAACAACUCAAAAACCAACAACUCCUGAACCAACAACUCCUGAACCAACAACUCAAAAACCAACAACUCCCGAAUCAACAACUCCUGAACCAACAACUCCAAAACCAACAACUCCUGAAGCAACAACUCCAAAACCAACUACUCAAAAACCAACAACUCCUGAACCAACUACUCAAAAACCAACAACUCCCGAACCAACAACUCUUGAACCAACAACUCCAAAACCAACAACUCCUGAACCAACUACUCAAAAACCAACAACUCCUGAAUCAACAACUCAAAAACCAACAACUCCAAAACCAACUACUCAAAAACCAACAACUCCUGAAUCAACUACUCAAAAACCAACAACUCCCGAACCAGCAACUCCAAAACCAACUACUCAAAUACCAACAACUCCUGAACCAACUACUCAAAAACCAACAACUCCUGAAUCAACUACUCAAAAACCAACAACUCCCGAACCAACUACUCAAAAACCAAUAACUCCUGAACCAACUACUCAAAAACCAACAACUCCUGAACCAACAACUCAAAAACCAACAACUCCCGAACCAACAACUCAAAAACCAACAACUCCUGAACCAACAACUCCAAAACCAACUACUCAAAAACCAACAACUCCUGAACCAACUACUCAAAAACCAACAACUCCUGAACCAACUACUCAAAAACCAACAACUCCUGAACCAACUACUCAAAAACCAACAACUCCUGAACCAACUACUCAAAAACCAACAACUCCCGAACCAACUACUCAAAAACCAACAACUCCGGAACCAACAACUCAAAAACCAACAACUCCGGAACCAACAACUCCUGAACCAACAACUCAAAAACCAACAACUCCCGAACCAACAACUCAAAAACCAACAACUCUUGAACCAACAACUCCAAAACCAACAACUCCUGAACCAACUACUCAAAAACCAACAACUCCCGAACCAGCAACUCCAAAACCAACUACUCAAAUACCAACAACUCCUGAACCAACUACUCAAAAACCAACAACUCCUGAAUCAACUACUCAAAAACCAACAACUCCCGAACCAACUACUCAAAAACCAAUAACUCCUGAACCAACUACUCAAAAAGCAACAACUCCUGAACCAACAACUCAAAAACCAACAACUCCUGAACCAACUACUCAAAAACCAACAACUCCUGAACCAACUACUCAAAAACCAACAACUCCUGAACCAACUACUCAAAAACCAACAACUCCCGAACCAACUACUCAAAAACCAACAACUCCGGAACCAACAACUCAAAAACCAACUACUCAAAAACCAACAACUCCUGAACCAACAACUCAAAAACCAACAACUCCCGAACCAACAACUCAAAAACCAACAACUCCUGAACCAACAACUCCAAAACCAACAACUCCCGAACCAACAACUCCUGCACCAACAACUCCAAAACCAACAACUCCUGAAGCAACAACUCCCGAACCAACUACUCAAAAACCAACAACUCCCGAACCAACUACUCAAAAACCAACAACUCCCGAACCCACAUUAGAGAGUGUGAAGACGACUACAAAAGCACCACCUCUUGAAAGUUUAUGUGUAAACAGUGCUUACAUCGAUGGUAUCGGAUACAAUAAAUAUCCGGGACAUUGUAACAAAGUUGUUCAAUGCUUCAACAAUUACGACCGAACAGAAGCCGUGCUUAGGGAAUGCCCAGCUGGUUUGUUCUGGCAUCAAAAUCACGUCAUUUGUAAACCGCCGGAGAAGGUACCUUGUUUCGAAGACCAAUGUCUUAGAAUUGGGGUAUUUGCCUACCACCGAUCCGGAGGCUGUAGAUCACAUUAUUACUGCAAGGCGGGUAUUUCGGUCCCGGCCUGUUGUAAAAAGGGAUACCGUUUUGAUGGACAGACGUGUGUUCAAGAUAGUGCUUGUGAAGAUUCAUGCGAAACACCCGAAGAAUUGAUACGUCGAGUAGAUAACCAAAUGUGUAGGUUCCUGCCCGAUAAAGGCAAUCGGUAUGGAUAUUUAUUCUUAGAGCACAGCGGUCUUCGCUUUAGGGCGUGUCCCUACGGAACAGAAUUUAACGCCCAACAGUGUGGAUGCACUUGGGUCCCGAAGGAAUCUUUGACACACCCAAGAAAUGAAGUUUGCAAACCUGACUUCAAAAUGAAUUUCAACACAAGAAGAUUCAGGGAACUCUCUGGGUCAAAUAUGGCUUUUUACGAGGAAAACGUUGCUAUAAAAGACGGUGCAGCAAAGUUUAGCGGAAAUGGAAAGAUUACACUGUGGGGCUUCAUGAACAAGGAGCUUGGAGAUGAAUUUGCCGUUAGAGUUAGAUUUCAGCCCUUUGAAACCGAGGGAGGUUAUGGAAUGGUAGUAUCCAACUGUGGACUUAGGGGUUUACCAACCGUGGAAAUUUCAAUGCAGGAUAAAAAGGCGAGACUUAUUGCCAAAAGCGUAAUGUCCAACUCGCCAUCUGUUCUGGAAUACCACAUUGUUCCGUAUGAAUGGAAUGAAAUUUCAUAUCAUUAUGAUGGCAGCACGUUUACAGCGGAAGUCAACGGCAACACUAUUUCGGAGAGACUUAUAGGAGGUAUUGAAACGAGCUCAAACCCGAUGUUUAUUGGAGGAUGCCCACAGCCUGGAUCAGGAUUUAAUGGUUUAAUAGACGAUGUUGAAAUAUACAGUAAUUGUGUUCCGCCAGACUUCCUGCAAGGCCUACAAGACGGAAGAUAAAAAGAAAUCCUAGUUCAUCAGUAGUUGUUGUUUACGUCAUUCACCCUCAACAACAAACAUCUACGUCACUAUUUAUUGCAUCAUUUUUAUUUAUUGUCAUCCUCAUUACGUGUUUUUCACACAAAUCAUGCGAAACAAUCAAGUCCUUUAAAGAUACUUGUUUAUAUGUACCAGAUGUACAACACUUUUAUUUCAAUCUAUGGUAUUUUAUAUUUAUGAAUAAAAAAUGAUAAAACACGA